AUGAAGACUUUAAAGUCAGUGAUUUGCGACUGGUUCAAAUUCAUGCUCUCCAUUCCAAGUGCUAAACCUAUGACCAUGACACAAAAGUUUACGAUGUGGUCUUCACUAAUCGUGUACUGCGCUGGAGGUUUCAUCUUACUCGCCUGGGUUCAGCUUUGGAAGAUAAUUUUCCGUAUUGACUUCCAGGGCCGCACUGAAGGUUAUAUUCGACUUGCUCUUCUGGGGGUAUUUAUUCUCGGCUUUCAGAUCGUAAUCAUGGCGCGAUCCAGGGACCAGAGCCCUAGAAAUGGAACCAUUUUGGGGACCAUAUUUGGACGGCUUGUGUACGUGAACGGGGUACUGCUUAUGAUGGUCGUAAGAGACAUGGUUCCGCUCUCAUUUGCUCUGACAUUUAUUAUCCUCGAUUCAUCAUUGGCGCUUAUUACCUUGGUGAUAUGGGUCCGCGAGACAGAUGGAGCAUCUGUGAUCCUUUUCUUUCGGGAGGUCUUCUUGCCGAUAUUAAAGUUGCGUGGAGUUACCUCAGGAUAUUCGAUAGCAGCAGUCUUUAUCAUUGGAAUUAUCACAAUGUUUUUCUGGCUUGUUUUCACCAUUACGCCGGACACUGCCCAGAAUAUUUUCCACCUUGAUCAGUUCCAAGGGCAUUCAGGCGGGUUCUUAGCGUGCGUAUUUUUUACCUUGUUCCUUCAUGGUUGGGAGCACGUGACAGAUGCCAGUUGUGUCAAUCACCCAUUUGUUCCAGGUACCAUAUUUUACCGAAUUGCGUUAAGUGCACCGGUGCUUUUAGUUUUGUAUUUGGUUGAUCAAAUUGAGCGCAAUCUUUUUAUUGUGCUCUUGAGUUUUGACAUCGGUUUGUCGGUAGUUAUUUAUUUAUUUGCGGUUUUCUCUAAGAGGGAAGUCAUGUCGCCAGCUGUAAACAACGAACCCACUCAAGGAACAAUGCUCGACAGUAAUUGAAAAACAGCAAAGAGUGUUGCUUUCGAGAAUACAGUUGACUCCUGAUAACUCGAACCCUCGCUAACUCGAACCUCGCGCUAACUCGAACCAAAAUCGAUUUCCCCUGGAUUUCCGUCAUACAUUCACUAUAAUUUUACCCUCGGUAAUUCGAACCCUCGAUAACUCGAACUCCCGCUAACUCGAACCAAUUUUCGUUUUCCUUCAGGUCAUUUUCUAUGUAAUUUUACCCUCGACAACUCGAACCAUGUUUUGAGCCCUUAAAAAUUCGGGAAAAAAGCCGUCUACUGGCGACCGAAACAUUGAAUUUUGGUUUUCCUAUUGACGUGUUGUGGGAGUAUAUAUAGUUUACUAGUGGAGGCUAAUGUUGAUUGUCACAGGCUAACGUGAAGCAGCUUUUCUUCUCAAAAUAGUAAAACGCAUGCUCUAUUUAGGCUAGGUUUUGUUGCGUUACGUUCUGAUUUAUAAUCUAAAAGUAUCUUUUAAUUUUCACUUGAAAUUUCUACAAUUAAAUGUGAUUAAAAUGUUCACUGUGCAGUAAAAACUGUUUUUUACCUUACUCUCGGCUAUUUUCUUCGAACUCCCGGUAACUCGAACUCCCGAUAACUCGAACCUUUUUUUGAUUUCCCUUGAAGGUUCGAGUUAUCGGGAGUCGACUGUACUAAAUUAAUGAAAGUUAAUGAGCGACGAUGAACUACCCGUUUGCUGGUUUGCACGUGACGUCACGAAGACCAUGUUCAGGAUGCCAAGAACAAAAGCCUUUCUCUCCUCUGUGAUCUUAACUCUAUUUUCAUGUAAAGUUUUCAACAAAAAGUUUUGUUGUAUUGUCACUCAACGUGGCCGCCUUGUCACUUGGUUGCAAACCAAGAAUUCUAGCAAAACAUGGCAGCGAAAAUCAUUCUCGACAAAGCAAUUAAGAAAUACACUUUCCUUUUAUAUACUCUUGAGAUCUUAAAAUGGGGGCAAUAACAAAGAAAAGUAGCGAAGGAAAACGGAAUAAUUAUUUUAACUACUGUCAACUCUCUCAUAGCGACCACCCCCCUCAAGUGUAACCGUUUUGUUUCUCAGUCAAAUACUUUCAAAAACUCUCUCGAAAACGACCCUUAUUAACAAUGCAUUUGAAAUAUGCAGAAAUGCAAUAUUGUUGUCCAGAAACAUAUGAAACUUGAAGACAAUACCCCCUUUACUGCCUUACAAUACAUAAUAUCUAGUGUCACUAUGAUCAGAGCACUCAUUUUUUAUAACCAACAUCAGCAAAAACCUCGUUUUGGAUGUUCUGGCUAAACCUUGACAGAGUUACUCUCACAAAAAAGUAACAUUUUGGGGAAAAUCCACUGCUAGUUUUGCUGUUUACCUGACUACUCUUGGAAGAUCAAUUCUUUUUUUUCAUUUUGCUAAAAAGUUAGCCAGCCACAAUUCCAUGCAAAAGAAAGACAACAAAGUGGACAACAAAACUCAGGCCCGGCCAGGGGUUUUGGGUAUACGGUAUCCCGGGCCAUUUUAAUUCAGGUAUAUGGUAUUUUUUGGUCAAAAUUGGGGUAUAAAGUAUUCAGUUUUUCCUGAAUUUUAGGUAUUCGGUAUAUGGUACAGAAAUCACUAAGAAAUGUCUUGUUCAUUUCUCAGUUUUAUUAUCGCUCUAAUGCUGACUAGAAAUAGUGCGGAUGCCCGAAAUUGUGUUCAAGCCCUAAUCAAAUACUUGCAAAACCUGUGGCUCCUUCUGUCAGCCUUUAAUCUGACUGGGUCAUCCACAAGGUUAAGUUUUGAUGAGACAAUUACCCGCGUCCAGCAUUACUACGCUUUUCACGAAGAAGCCUCGUUGAAAGUUCACGGUAUCAAGGGCUCAACUUCUCAGACCCAAGGACCAGACUGAACACUAUCUGCUACUACACUGAACUCCGUGAAGAUGAUACUGGAAGGCCUCACUAGACGGAGGACAAAGGUGAUGGAACUCAAUCCAAACUUCAUUCAACACUUAGACGUUGAAAGCCUUUUAACUCUCUUUCUUGAAAACUUCUUUUCCAGUAUGAGAGGAGGUAUUUAAACACGGACACUCCCAUGAUGCUCGACAUUUGCUUGCGUUUUCCCCGAUGUAUUAACGAAUUAUUAAAACGUGUCACAGGUACGAGCUAGAGGUACUUUACAAAUCCAGUGACCUCGUACUACCUUCAGCCUACUUUAGGUGAUGUUGAUAUUAACUUGUGCGACCGUGCGAAAUUACCGAAGCCUUUGUCUGGUUGCUUAUCCAAGAAGCAAUUGGAUGAGAUCCGUCAGUGGGUACAGCAGUACGGUAUAAAGAGUGUCAGACAGAAUACCACGAGGAACGGUUCAACAAAAGACAAGCCAGGCACCUUGCCAUUGAACCUGUACGAGUCUGCACCCCCGGAGCAACAUUCAGUUGACUUUGACGUGCUUGACAAUGAAGACAUCCCCGUUCAUCACCAAGAUACCAACACAGCUCGUAACAUUGUCAUCGCCCAGUCUACGUAUGUUGUAGUUUCCCGAAUAUACAAACCGAGUUCUGCUCCAAACAGCCCACUGUAUAUUACAAAACUAUUAGAGGAUGUGGUUGAUGACUAUGACAGUGCUCGUUAUGUAACAACUCUCUUUUACACCCAAGAUGUUGUCGAUCCUCUCCCAUUUACUACUUCGGGAGAAGAGCAUGUCAUCCCAAAAGAGGGCAUAAAGGGGAUUGUAAGCGGCAUUACAGUUGUUGACAAUGAAACUGUUGAAAUCGAUGAGGAGGCGUAUUAUCUGCUCCUGGCCUUGGUGAACGGAUCGACUGACACCACCUAUCUCUCAAUCAAGCUGAUGAAGAACCUUUUGCAGAGAGCGUUGACGUUCAAGGUGACGAGGAUCCGAUCACCAUGGACGCUGGCCGACCGCAAAGGAAGCGGAAGAAGACAGUGAACAAGGAGUUUCUCUUUUAUUAAGAUCUAAUUUGUUCAUUUUCAGGUAUUUAGUAUUCUGUUUCAAAAUAAUUUUAGGUAUUUAGUAUCAAACAUUUUACGAUUUUGAGGUAUAUUGGUAUCUUGGGGGCAAAAUAGCGGGUAUAUUGGUUUCCCACUACCCCCCCUGGCCGGGCCUGAAAACUGCUUAUAAAGAAGAAAGGCAAAAUGAAAGUGAACGAGAGAGAAAGAUCGAAAUAGAUUCGAAAACAAAAUGGCUUGUGCGCAUGCACGAAAAAUACAGUCGGAAAAUACAGUUGACUCUCGAUAACUAGAACCUUCGCUAACUCGAACCAAAAUCGACUUCCUUUGGAUUUCCUUUAUAUAUUUACUGUAAUUUUACUAGCCUGCUACCGCUUGGAAGUAGUGGGCACAAGAAAAAACGGGCGCACGCGAGGGAGACACGCGAGGGAUGUCUCGCGUGUCUCCUUCUCGCGCGCCCGUUUUUUCUUGUGCCCACUACUUCCAAGCGCCUGCUACGCAGGCUAUAAUUUUACCCUCGAUAACUCGAACCCUCGAUAAUUCGAACCUCUCGCUAACUCGAAGUAAUUUUUGUUUCCCCUUAGAUCAUUUCCAUAUAAUUUUACCCUCGAUAACUCCAACCAUGUUUUGAGCGCUUAAAAAGUCAGGGAAAAAACAGUGUACCGUCUUCCGAAACGUUGAUUUUGAAUUUCCCAUUGACGUGUUGUAGGUAUAUAGUUUACUAGUGAAGGCUGAUGUUGUUAAUAAUAAUAAUAAUAAUAAUAAUAAUAAUAAUAAUAAUAAUAAUAAUAAUGAGUCUUUAUUUCACCAAAAGAUAAAACUACAUAUCUUAUGUUACAAUAAGGGAAGAUAAAAACUAUGAUAAAAAUAUCUACGUUAUAUGUAUAUAUUAAAAAAGUGUAUCAUUACAAUAAAUGGAGCUUAAAAAUCAACCUAUUUACAAAGGUGUUCAUAAAACGCUCUAUAUUAAUUUUCGGGCGUACGCAGCCUUUUUUCCUAAGAUUUUUCACAAAUCUCGGUGAAGCAGCUUUAAAAGGCAUGCUCUAUUUAGGCUUUGUUUUUUACGUUACAUUCUGAUUUACAAUCUAGAAGUAUCUUUUCAAUUUUCACUUAACAUUUCUACAAUUAAAUGUGAUUAAAAUGUUCACUGUACUGUGAAAAACUGGUUUUUCCCUUACUUCCGGCUAUUUGGUUCGAGCUCCCGAUAACUCGAACUUUUUCCGAUUCCCCUUGAAGGUUUCAGUUAUCGGGAGUAGACUGUAUGCCCUUUUCGUUGCCAAACUCAUUUUUAGCCAUUCUUAUGCUAAUAAGCCAAAAACCAGUCCAAAGAAGAGGAAGUGUUGAGAAAUGCGUUUAUUUCGCUACUUGCUUGCCGUCACGCGGGACGUAACACGAGACGUCACGCGGUCAACCACAGCAAGCUUCGUACCCAGGCCGGUUCGCGCCGUCCGAAUGUGUGCAAUGAACUGUGUAACAAACUGUGCAUGUUUUCAAGGCUACAUCAGCGACGCACUGUGAGACAAAAACUAAUUGACAAUCAAACGGUAAGUCAUACUGAGAACUUUAAACAUCCCCAUUUAGUUACAUGUAUCUCUGCGACCAAGUGUGAACCUUUGGUAGUUAUAAUCCUUUCUUAUCAGUUGCGUUCCAUAUCUCUACUCAAGUGGUUACAGCAAAGCGGGUUUACUCAGGUUUACUGUGCAUCCUUUCCUGUCAUUUUAAACGACUCCUUGCAGUGGUUUGUUAAAUUCACUUGGCCGAUUUACUUGGUCAACAUUCUUUCUAGGGCUUUGUUUACAAAGCGGCUUUUACUAAGUAGACGUGACAACUGUUUUCACUGUGAACCUUUAGCUACCUUUGCCCGCCUAACUCAAGAGGAGCACGCCAUAUUAAAAAAGAUGGCGGGGAACGAGGCGCUUGUAUACCUCUCUUGUGAUCAUUCUCGCGGUAAUUUUGCGAAGGAGAAGGAGUUUUAUUCAGCGGAUGAGGUUUACGUCUCGCUCCUUGUAGAGGGAGACGGAUGAGGCAUAGAAGGCGUAGUGUAACCGCGAGGGGGGCGGGGAGGGGCACCCCCUUUUUUACCAUAGGUAUGUGCUGCCCCAUCGGGUAGGGUUUUUGCGCCGUUUUGGUCUGAAAAUGGGUGUACACUUUGCCCAUUUUGGACUGGAAUCGGACAUGAUUUUCGAGGGAACUACGGGAGUCUAUGAAGGUAUCUAUCGUUUCAAUUCCAAGUGAGUAAGAAAGAAAGGGAAAAAAUUAAUGCGAAUUGAAAAUGGCUUUGAAGAAUAGAAUUUUUUUGUGUGCGCUCUAAUCUAAGUAAUGAUAACAUAAUUUCUGCCCAAAGGCCAGGUCUGAAAACAGGUAUGGAUUUUAGAGGUCUGGUGUGGAAAAUGACAUUUUUUCAUCUGAAAUAGGGUCAGGAUUUGGAGAACUUGGUGGCACACCUCCACCAAGAAUUCCCAGGUGUACCAACGCCCCAUCCCCCCACCCCCGGGAGUGGAACUACUUGUGAUGGGUUGUAAUGUGGUAAGUAGUUUUGCACACCAGCUCUCUGAAAAAGAUAAGGACCUGGUCUGGGAACCGGAGAAUCCAAUGAGGUCAGUGGGAUUGUAAAUCAAAAGAAGUGAUUGUUGGAAUUGUUUGCCUUGUUGAAAUUCUCAAGCUCAACCAUGAGGUGAUUGUGUGGAAAAUAAUAUUACCAGAUUAUUUGGCAGGCGUCUGUCACUACUUGCGACCCAGUUGGCUGCAGUAUUUGCCAGGACAAGUUAUACUAUUUUGCAAGGUGGUAUAACUCUGCCUGAAUUUCCGGUUGUAAAAGAGAUAAAAACCCUUGUUUUUGCUUGUGGAAACAGCUUGCAUUCUUGACUACAAUCUUGGACAAAACUGUUGAGAAAAUGGCAUAAUUGGGGGGCAUUUUUUCUGAACUUCGUAGCUGACCGAUUCUUCCCUCCCCCCCUCCCCCUGGAAGCAGUGUUGUUGGGUCUUCAAAAGAAAGCCGGAUCCCUAAGCAUUUGUAGGAAGCAACUUUGAAUUGGGGGAGGGGGUAUUCUUUACGCAAAGCCGUUGAUUUGGAAAUAGUUUUGUUGCGUUAGGUAGUGUGCAUUGAUGAGAACAUUUUCUCAAGUAGUUUUGUCCAGGAUUGUAGCUUAAACAAGACAAGAUGUUGUUAGUUAGCAGGUCUGACGUUAGGUUUUAUCCAACCAUGGUGUUUGGUUUCCAAAGUUAAUGUUUUUUUAAUGCCUUGGUCAAGUGAAGACCCAUUACGUUAUUGAAUAUAUUGUGUAUGAUGACAAAAUUCCGGUUAAAAUAUAAUUUAUAAAGAAUGAAAUGAUACAAAAAUCUUAAAAAUGCAGCUCCUCAAAGCUCCAACUUUAAUUUUAUUCAAAAAUGCAUUAAUACUGACUAGCUUGCAAGAACAAUUAAUAUUGCUACAUGAUGUGUCUACAGUCAAACCUCUUUAAUACGGACACUAAAGGGACAGAACCAAGUGUCUUCUUUACAGAGGUGUCCAUAUUACAGAGGUAGGAAAUGUAUGAUUUUUGACAUUUCUGGGACCAAACCAACUGUUGGUAAUAGAGAGGUGCUGGUAUUUUAGAGUUGUCCGUAAGGAGAGGUUAGACUGUAUCAAUCAUUGUGGGCCAGUUUCAAAGGCAUAUGGAAGAGAGGAAAAUACCCUUCAAUUAUUACAAUACUAAACAGAAAAAUAUCUCUGGAGAGAAGGCAUUGCCAUAAUUGAAAGUUAGCACCAAUUUUGUGCCUUAAGAAAGGAACAUGAGGUGCAUUGUGAUGUUUCCAUAGCAAAAUUUUGUUUUGGAAAAAUUUUUGUUUCACUUUCUGCUUUGAAUAAGUUUAGUACUAUUUGUCAAAGGAGGAGUGUCAUUCUUGCAAGAAAGAGGCCUGGGUUGGAAGCUAAAUUUUUGCCAUGGCAACUUUAAAAUAAUUUAUGCCUCACGUAAUUUCGGUGCCCACUGUCAAUUCCCCAGAGAUAUUCUUCAUUUUAUUAUUUGCCUCCAUUCUCAAAGAAUUUAUGUCAUCUAUUUUUAACUUGCGUAAUACAAAAGCAUGACUAUUUCUAAAAAUAGUGAAGAUCUUUCAAAGGAGAAAAAGCCUUUCAAAAAAUCACACAAUGUAAUUUAAUCCUUUCUUCAUAUUAACACAAUCUCCUAAUAAGGAGAAUUAUAAGGACUAUAAGUAGAGCAGUAGUAGUAGAUAACUAUCUACUACUUAUGGUGCAUAGCGAGAAGUUCUUAAUUUUCUUCAACGAUAGUGUGUAUCACUUGUAUCAGGUGAUCAGUGAAUUGUGAGGCAGUCGCAUGAGACACGAGAAAGGAGAGCACAGCCCCUCCCGGCCUGUGUGUUGUACAUGUGCCACUCCAUUACCUUUGAACAUUGAAGAAAAAAUAUGAUGAGUACAAUAAGGCAUGAAAAAUAAUCUUUAAUUUUUAAGCAUCAAUGUUCAAACUUAGGCCCUCCUUUUAAAACCAGAUGAAAGUCUAAAUGGAACCUUCUUUACAUUUCAGCUUAAAGACCAAAAUGAAGACUUUUAAGUCAGUGAUUUGUGACUGGUUCAGAUUCAUGUUCUCUAUUCCAAGAGCUAAACCCAUGACCAUGAUACAAAAGUUUACGAUGUGGUCUUCCCUAAUCUUCUACUGCGCUGGAGGUUUAGUCUUACUCGUCUGGGUUCAGCUCUGGAAGAUAGUAUUCCGUAUUGAUUUCCAGGGCCGCACUGAAAGUUAUCUUCGACUUACUCUUCUGGGGGUAUUUAUUAUUGGCUUUCAUCUCAUUAUCACAGCACGAUCCACUGACCAAAGCCCUAGAAAUGGAACCAUUUUGGGGGCUAUAUUUGGACGGCUUGUGUACGUGAAUGGGUUCCUUCUUAUGAUGGUCGUAAGUGACAUGGUUCCACUCUCAUUUGCUCUGACAUUUAUGAUCCUCGACUCGGCUUUGGCACUCAUUACCUUGGUGAUAUGGGUCCAUGAGACAGAGGGAGCUUCAGUGAUCCUUUUCUUUCAGGAGGUCUUCUUGCCAAUACUAAAGUUGCGUGGAGUUACUUCAGGAUAUUCAAUGGCAGCAGUCUUUUUCAUUGGAAUUUUCACAAUGUUUUUCUGGCUUGUUUUCACUAUCAGGCCAGACAUAGCCCAGAAUAUUUUCCACCUUGAUCAGUUCCAAGGACAUUCAGGCGGGUUCUUAGCAUGCGUGUUUUUUACCUUGUUCAUUCAUGGUUGGGAGCACGUGACAAAUGCCAGUUGUGUCAAUCACCCAUUUGUUUCCUGUGCCAUAUUUUACAGAAUUGUAUUAAAUACACCGGCGCUUAUAAUUUUGUAUUUGGUUGAUCAAAUUGAGCGCAAUCUUUUUAUUGUGCUCUUGAGUUUUGACAUCAGUUUGUCAGGCAUUGUUUCUUUAUUUGCAGUUUUUUCCAAGAAGGAAGUUGUGAGUAAACAACGAACCCAGUGAAGGAACAAAUAUGCUUGUUAGCAAUAGGCCAUUUUCAAAAAUAAUACCAUAACCCUUUAAGCCUCAAGAUCCAAAUACAAAUUCUCCAGGCUGAUCUACAUACAUUUCUUUUAAGAAUAGUUGAGAGAAUUUGGUUUAAGAUCAAAGCAUUCUCCCUUUGGUAUAAUCAAUUUAGUAAUUCU